AUGUCUGUGGAAAAGUUCAUAUCGCAACCGCCGCUGAUCAUUCACAGCUCGCUGGCGCAGCUGCGAUAUCUGAUUCUUAGCGAAGGGCUGCCUGCGAAUACCGACAGACAGCAACAACGCUUGCGCUGCUAUACGUGGUCGAUCCUUUCGCGAACGUCGAUGGAGAGGUCGACGCAGAUCUAUCUGUCGCUGCUGCAACGGGGGGCGGUGAAGGCUCCAAUAAUACAGAAGAUAAAAAAUGAUACAUUUAGAACGCUGCAGACAGACUCAAAAUUCAUCAAUCUCGUAUCGGAGGAUGCGCUGAUAAGGUGUUUGUCGUGCUUUGCCUGGCAAAGUCUGCAGUUGAAGGAGCAGGACCCUAGUUUCCAGGUCAGUACUUAUGUUCAGGGGAUGAACGUUCUGCUGGCCCCCCUGCUGUAUUCGUGCCCCAGUGAGCCAAUGGCUUUUCAGUUAUUUUCGACGCUAUGCUACUCUAUUAUACCAACUUAUUUGAAUAAUAAUUUAUCAGGGGUUCAUAAGGGUGCGAAACUGCUGGAUAUCUGCCUCAAGAUAAUAGAUCCGAAACUGAGUAAGUUUCUGAGUGAUAACCUUUUAACAGCAGAGAUAUAUGGUAUUCCUUCCAUACUGACGUUAUCGAGCUGUAACAAACCUUUGGAGCAGGUUUGCAAGCUCUGGGACUUCAUGUUCGCCUACGGGUUUCACAUGAAUAUCCUUUUUGUUGUUGCCCUUUUGGUGCAAAUUAGAUCAAAAAUCUUGAAGUCGGAGUCGCCAAUGAAUCUUCUCACGCGAGAGCUGCCUCAUUUCGAUGCUGAUGAAAUAAUUAAACUUGGCGUAGGUUUCGUUGCCAAAAUUCCCUCCGAAAUCUACAACCUGCUGGUUCAGCACUUAGCUGAUCCGAAUUUAGUUGUACCUUAUUAG